GGUUAAAAAUUUUUUUAAAUUAACUUUACUGAUAGCUUGCGUUGAAAUUUAACUCUAGGCUAUAAUGCGAAGAAAGUAAAUUAAUUAGACAUAACAGCACAAUUUAAAAUAUACUAAUUAUUUAUCCUCGUAAAAGUUUUUAUUGUUUGCUGUCGACAUCGAUAGUACAGCACAGUGUUGAACUAAAUAUUUGGUUGAGCGAUGUAAAUUGUGAAAUGUUUUGAAAUUGUGUGGUUUGGAAUGUCGAUUCAUGUGCGGCGAACUUCAGUAUACUGAUGGCUUAUUACACAACAUGGUUUGAAGAAUCAUUUACCGAAUGUCAGGUGUAGAAAUCAUUCACCGAGAUGUGGGUAAAACCGCAAGAGGUGUUACUUGCAAAUGCAUUGUGGGUGACAGAAAUGGCCAACAUGUACUUCCUCCUGCAGAGGAGGAAGGGCUACGGCAAAGACAAAGGGCUAUCCUCGAUACUCGUUGGCACCUGGGACAGCGUUUUCGACACAAAGCCUCCGCCGUUCCGCAUCCUGCACCAGACCCCGUCCUCUGAAGUCUAUUACGUGAUUGCGUGCUCGCUCACCUACUCAGAGAUAGAGAAGGACUGGGACUGGAUCGAGAGGAACCUCUGUGACACCCUCAACUCCUUCGACAACGAGGAUGACGUGACCGAGUUUGUGUGCUGCAAGAUACAGUCGCUGAUUGCGAGCAGCGUGCCGGAGAACCAGGUCGCCGAUGAUGAAGAUACAAGGUCCUUCAAGGCGGUUUCCUUUAAGUUCCAUCGACUGUUCAAUAUGCCUCCUGACGAAAAGCUUGUCAACUAUUAUUCUUGUAGUUACUGGAAGGGCCGCAUGCCACGCCAAGGCUGGCUCUACCUGUCCGUGAACCACCUGUGCUUCUUUGCGUACAUCCUGGGGCGCGAGACGAAGCUGGUGAUUCGCUGGACUGAUGUGACGGAGCUGGACAAAACGAGCAGCCUGCUGUUCCCCGACUCCAUCAAGGUGGCGACACGCGAGAACGAGCAUCAUUUUUCAAUGUUUCUUCACAAAUUGGAAACUUUCAACUUGAUGACUCAACUUACAAAUCUAGCCAUGAAACAGCUUAUUGAUGAUAAGGGUGGCUUUAACGAAGAUAGAGACUUACUCAAUAAACUCAGCAAGAACGUCCCAAAGAAACCUUCGUUCUUAAAACGUGACUUGGAUGCCCGGGCACACUCGGAGGCAUACCGGCUGCUGUUUCGGCUUCCUGCCAAUGAGAAGCUAGAUGGCAGCACUGAUGCGACUCUGUGGACGCCAUACAAUAAACGCCAUGUUUGGGGCAGAAUGUUUCUGUCUCAGAACUUCCUCUGCUUCGAGAGUAGGGUGAAGGGACUGGUGAGUGUCGUGAUCCCCCUGCGUGAUGUGGCACUGGUGGAGAAGGCAGAGAACCAGGCGUCCAACACGGCCGUCGACAAGUCCGUGCUCAUCACCACCAACACCAAGGUCAGCUUCCUGUUCGCGCAGUUGCAGGACCGCGAUUUUGUGGUGCAGAAGAUCUCGGAGCUGCUGGCGAGGACUAGAGCCCCAUCUGUGUCGUCAGACACCGUGAGUAGCCGCAGCAGCUCCAGUGGGAUCAGCAACUUCAGCCAGUGUGAGGAGGUCACCACAGAUGUGGCGUGGAACCCUCAGCCCCCGCUGAUGACGCUGUUCAAGCUGGACGGCGUGCUGGGCAGCGUGACCCCACAGGAGACCAAGGAGCGGCUGUGGGAGCUGUACUUCGUGGAAUAUGGCAGGGGCGUGACCAUGUACCGCACCACCGAGGUGGCAAGGCUAGUGCUUCAGGGCGUGCCAGACACGCUCCGGCGCGAGGUCUGGUUGACCUUCUCAGGUGCAGUGAACGAGAUGGCUUCCAACCCAGGGCUGUAUCGCUCACUGGUGGACCAGGCCCUGGGCAAGCCAUGCACGGCCAAUGACGAGAUAGAGAGGGACCUCCACCGCUCCCUGCCGGAGCACCCGGCUUUCCAGUGCGACAUAGGCAUCUGUGCGCUUCGCAGGGUGCUGUCAGCCUAUGCCUGGAGGAACCCUCAGAUUGGGUAUUGCCAGGCCAUGAACAUCGUGGCAUCAGUGCUGCUCAUCUACUGCUCGGAGGAGGAGGCGUUCUGGCUACUGGCGACGCUGUGCGAGAGCCUGCUGCCCGACUACUACAACACCCGGGUGGUGGGCGCGCUGGUGGACCAGGGCGUGCUCGACGACCUCACCCUGGAGCACCUGCCGGGGCUGCACGCCCGGCUCGACCAGCUGGGGAUGAUCCGCAUGAUCUCCCUCUCCUGGUUCCUCACCAUAUUCCUCAGUGUGAUGCCUUACGAAAGUGCUGUGAAUAUUAUGGACUGCUUCUUUUAUGAUGGAGCCAAAGUUAUAUUCCAGGUAGCACUGGCCACCCUCGAGGCCAACCAGGAGGGGUUGUUGGCGUGUCGAGAGGAGGGGGAGGCCAUGCAGCUGCUGUCGGAAUACCUGGAAGGGGUGUGCAACGAGGAGUGUGCGGUCACUUCCCACAGCAGGGGGGACCUUACAGUCAAGAAGAGCAUCUCGGUGCAGAAGCUGCUGUACGAGGCGUACAGUCGCUACGGCUUCCUGUCGGCGGGAGCCAUCGAGAGGUUGCGGCUGAAGUACCGACUGCGGGUGGUGCAGCAGCUCGAGGACGGGGUGGGACGCAACGUGGUGCGCAGCGUCGUGGGGGAUGGCUACUUCAGCACCGAGGACCUGCAGGAGCUCCUGGUGCUGGUGCGUGAAGAGUUGUUGAGCCAGAAGAGAGUGAAUUCGGACAGGUACGACCCCACACAGCCGCCGUACGAGGCCUUCCGAGUGGACUACGAACUGUUCCGACUGCUCUUCGUCGGCCUAUCACCUUGGGGGAGGGGAACACAGGCUGAGAACCUGGCGGCUAGGUUGUUCAGGUUGAUGGACCGCAACUGUGAUGGACUCCUGAACUUCCGAGAGCUGGCGGCUGCGCUGGGAAUGACCUGCUCGGGCGAUCCCACGCAGAGGUUAAAGCUGUUGUACACCCUCCACCUACCCCCACUCUUAUCCACCGCUGACAUAGAGUCUCCGACACGCUCAGAGAACGGGACGGAAGUGGCUACGGACGCAGCAGAGUUCUUUGACUGCAUGGAGCAGAGCGUGGUAUCUUUGGAGAGCAUGAACAUCUCUGGGGAGGAUACUUCGUCGCUGCGGGAAGCGGAUGAAAGGCCACAAAGCGCUGCCAGCGUGCUCACCUACACGCGGGAGCAGUCGUGGGAGGUGAGAAGCAUGAGCAGCCUGCGCUCCAUGGUGGAGACCCGGGACUGUCGGCUGGACCUGAAGACGGUGCCCCGCAUGUCCCAGCCGCACUUCAUCAUGCUGUGGAAGACCAUCUACGACCUGUUCCAGGCCCAGCCCGAGGACCAGGAGACCUUCCACUCCAUCGCCACCAUCGGUACCUUGCUGCUGCAGCUUGGAGACGUCGGCAAGAGGUUCUACGUGGAGCGAGAGGAUUCGUCCGACAGUCUGCUGGCUGCGGCCGCUGCACAGAGCGCGGCGAUGCGUCCUGAGCUGCUCGAUGCUGACCAGUCCCCGGAUAAGAACGGCAACCCCGGGGCGGGGCAGGACCCUCGCUGGUCCAUCUCGGUGGAGCAGUUCCUGGCGACUGUGCUGACGGGGCCCCCCAUCGCGGACUUCUUCAGCCAGAACACUUCGCUGGCAGAGGGCAUCGCCAGGAUACGUGGCCGCCGCUUCAACCGACUCAACAGCCUGUCCGAGACGGGCUUCUCCAGGCCCGCCAACGGAAACAAAGGCACUUCGAGAUCUGUUUUCUACGUCCCGCUACAUGACCCGACCCCAGCGACAGCCGCAGUAGAGUCUGUGGCAUAAUCAUCUCUUCGUUGCUGAAGUAAAGUGCGCAUAACAUUGCCAAUGGGCUGCUGGUAUCUAAUAAUUGUAUAUCAACUCUGUAAACAUAUUUGUAGUAUUGAAAUGAUAACCCAUUGGUUAACAUUUCUUGCCAGUAGAAGACAAGACUGUGAUGAUAAAACUUUUGCUGUAUGGUUCGUUAGCAUUUUGAAGAGUAGUUUGCAAAACAAGUUUUUGUUUGUAUGUUUUUAAGUAGAAUUUUUUCAGGUUUCUCAUAUGUAUUUCCAGCUGGGGAUGAUAUGGCUCGCUGUGGUUCGUAAGUAUUUACCAAUUUUGAUCAUGUAUUUUGACAUACAUGUACCUAUGUUUUCUUGCAUCACAAUGAGCACAUUCUGAGGGCAAAUGCCGCAGUGCUGUAGGUUCUGCUAAAUAAAUCGCUGUACUAGCAGUAUUAUUUUUAGUAUGGGAUAUUUAAUUAAUUCCUUUUGGUUUUAUAUAAAUUUAUAAUGUUAAAAUGAUUUUUAAAUGUUUCAUACUGUGGUUGGAGUCUGCAAUACAGAUAAUUUUACACACUUUACAUUCAAAAACACAUUUUUCAUAACAUACCUACGUGCCAAAUUAAUAGCAGUUCUAUGCAGACAUGCUCACAUAACCCUGGAAAUUGUUCAGCUAUCAUAAAAAAAAUUUUUAUUUCAGUCAUUAUUCAUUAUUUAAUUAUUAGAAUACUAUGUAUUACAUUUUAAGUUAUUGUGGUUAGAGUACGUCAUUUGGGUUUGCUUUACUUGCUAUAUCUUUUGCUCCCUAGGAUUUGUGCAAAGAAAACAACUGAGGUUUAUUUUUUUUUUACUUCGCACAAAAACAGAAGUCUUAAAAAAUGCAACUGCGAAUUAAGAUUUGUCUGAAAGCAAAACCUAAUAUCCUGCCACAAAUGAUGAGAGCUCAAUCAAAUUAUGUAGUAUGUGUUUAAACAUAAGGUCGUAAAUAAGAAUAUACUCCAAAUAUCCUGUCGUAAUCAAAGAAAUACAUUUUAAGUAAAAAUAUUUUAUUCAAAAUACCAUCAUAUAUAAACAUACAAUCAUCACUAUUCAUAAAAACCACAUUAAACUGAACAUUACGAACAACACAGAAGUAGAUGACCCCAGCAGACAACUUGCCCUCGCACGGCAAGUAAAAAACGUAAGGGCACUCCCAAGAGUUAAAAGGCCAAUAAGAGACUGCAAGUAAAACAAACUUAGUGUUGCGGAGAGUAUUUUUCCGCUGCAACUGUUGCAGAAGCGAUGCAGAACAGGAUAAUGCACUGCUGCAACACUUUGCAUGGUGAAUGCACCCAAUGUUGUUAUUGUAGAUAUUUUGCUUGCAAGUUUUAGUGAGAGUGAGAUUGACAUGUGGUAUGUAAAAGUUUUCCAUUUUUAAAAUUUUUUUUAUUUAUUAGGAAAUAACUUUUAUUCCAUCUAGAUAUAUUUGCUAGUACUUUUAAAUUAAAGGACAGUAUUUUGAAUAUCUUUGAGUGUAUUCCAUAAUUUUGAGAUGUUUGGAGGUUUUUUUAUUAUUAUUAUUUAUGCAACAUGCUAUGCAUUCAUCCACUGUCAGUUAAGUGAAAUACCAUUUAAUACUCUGAUGCUAUUUUUUAUAUAUACACACACACACAUAUUUUGUUUAUGGGAAAAAAUUUAAAAAAAAUCUCCUACCUGGUAAUAAGUAACCUGUCAAGAACAAACAAAACAUGUUGAAAAUCAAAAUAAAAUAUUAAACAAAAAUUAAUAAAUGGAUUUUAAAACUUAACUUAAUUAGUACCUUCAUAGCAUCUAGGUUCUAGUUAACGCUGGGUAUAUUGAAUAAACACGUUAUUUGAAAGCCUAUGGCAUAUCAAGUGAGAACUGAUGGUGAAAAAUAAGAAGAGCAACAGUUGUGCACUUUGUACAUUACAUGUCAGAGUUUCCAUCUCGGCAGAACUUUUCUGCCAUCUGCAUAUGGCAUAUGGUUGUUAUCAGAAAAAAUUAGAUCCUGACGCUCUUUGUUUCAUAUUGAGUUGAUAGCCGAGCCCACAGGCUGUGCCCAACACAACCGGGGCCUGAUGUAGGAGCAUGUGCCCUGGGUACCACGUUUGGAAGUAUGGUCACAUAAGUACAUAAUCCUUUGGGACAUUUUACCCCGGGCAACAUUUCGACUAGAUCCUUCAGUGGUCAUCUUCGAGGUCGACAUGACUCUUGUCAUCCCCCUCCCCCCCCCCCCCCCACACACACACAUUUUAAAAAUUGUGUCAUUCAAUAUCUUGCGAAACCCACUAAUUCUUUAAAGGACAACAUGUUACAGGAGGAAGGUGAAUUGCUACCUCUUUUCAGGACAACAUACAGUACUUUGACUACAUUUAACAUUGACAUAUUUCAAAUGUAAUUAUUCGUGUUAUUCACGUCACCUUCCCUUGAAUUACCCUUAAUGUUUGGAGUUAAUAGUAUAUACACCCUCUUACAAGAACUGUAUGAAUAUUAAUGUGGUACUAGGUAUAUUUUAAGUUCAUCUAUAUGUGACAGUGCAUAAUGAACAAUUUUCUGAAAAACCGGUGAUUUUUGUUAUAAAUUGAAAAAUAUUAAGCUUAUCUAAAAUUAUGUCUUUAUUUUAUUUUCAGGAACAUUAAUUUUUUUUCUUUCAUUCUCAAUCAUUAAAAUAUAAUUGUAUUCACACAACCCUACUAAUUUUUUUUAAACUUUUGUAAAAAAUAAACAUUGCAAUUUAUUGAGACUGAGGAGCGAGUAAGGGAGAUGGUUUUUAAUGUUUUAUAGCAUACGUAUGUGUGGAAAAUACAAUAUUUUCUGUAGCUGAUGCUUGGAGAGAAGUUACUAGGAGUAUUAUAAGAGGCCCAAGUUUUGAUACUGGUGAGAUGUUAAAGUUAGUAUAACUCAUGUAUUAUUUUUGUAUAGAAUGUGUAUCUUACGUUGCCCAGCAACCUGGUGGACAGUGUAAUGUAGAAAAAAUUACUUUAGGACAGUUUUUUGUUUUGUUUUUCACUGCAGUUAUGGUGUAAAACUAAAAAUGUGAACUCAGGUUUUUAGCAUAAAAAUCUGUGUAGACUCAGGAAAUGGUCUCAACGAAAUACAUAUAAACACUUGUACCACAUUUAAAUUUUGUUCAUACUCCAUUCAAAAAUUUGUAUGUUUUACUGACACGUACAUGAAAAUCAACUAAUGGUACCUAAUUUGUGAAACUGCAGUGUAAUUAUAACUCACAAAAAUUCCAUGUAUAUUUCUCAUUAGACAUUUAACUCACAAAAAUUCCAUGUAUAUUUCUCAUUAGACAUUCUAUGUUGGAGUACUGGCAAAAAUAAUUGCUUUUGUAGCUCCAGGUUAAAUUCUUAUGUAUCUUUGUACAAAUAUUUAACAAUAAGAGCUGCAUUAAGGUAACAUUACAUUUUUAAUGUUUUAUUUGUAAUAUUAAUGGAAUGUUACAAAAACUGCAUGCACUGUUUUGUAGUCUAUUAUAUGGGUUAAAUUUAUAUUAUUCACUUACAAUAGUCAUGUAUAUACGUAGAUGGAAGCACUUGUUGCCAAAGCAUUUGUGUACAUAAUGUGCAUUUGUAAUUAUCAAGUACUGUUGAACUUGCUAAGUUCGAACCUAAAGGGACUGAGGAAUUAAUCUGUACUAACUAAAAGUUUGGAUUAAGAAAAGAAUUCUGUCAUCAGCUUAUGCGAUUUUUCAGAACAAUCCAUAUUUGUUCCUACAAUAGGUAUUAAUAGAUUCUUACAGAGUUUAUUGACACUGCAGUGCUCAUUCUUGAAAGAGUUUUGUCUGAAGUAGACUUGAAAAAAAUACCAUUGUCUCUGGGUAAAAAAAAGUUAAAGAUUGGAAUGUGACAAACAUCAAGAAAUAUAUAACUAAGUUGACAGUCACAGGAGCAUACACAAAAUUUCUUUUGUCAGGGAGGAGGGAGACAGAACUCCCACGUGUUAUAAAAUUUGUUCCUCUUUUUGGUAGGAAUGAUAGAUUUUUUUUAAGAUUUCUUGGGGGAGGGGGGUUAUAUUCUCCUCCCCCCCCCCCCCCCCCAAGUCAGUUACACUACCGCACAAUUGACGGAUGGGUGAUGGAAGAAGCCUUUGAACAUAACCGACUCUACAGCCACAUCAGGUAGAUUAACCAUUAACGUACUUAAAGGAAAGUUUUUCACUUUCAUUUAGUAUAACUUUGUUUUUUGUACACUGUCAUAAUAUGUUUUUGAAUAUGGUGUUGAAUACUACUCAUUCUCAUCUUGGCAUCCUUUUAACUCUCUUUUAUACUUUAAAUGUAAGGAUUUUUUUACAGCACACAUUGCUUUAAUCAUUUCACAACAUAUACUUAUUCACUCUAAAAUAUUCUGGUUCUCUUGUUUUAUUCAUUAUCUUUCCUACUUAAAUGUACCAUAUAAAAAAUUUAUCCUUUUUGUUUAGGUAAUAGACAGUGUGGAAAAAUCCCAAAAUUCUCGGCAAUUUAGAAUUUUUUUUAGCUCCUAUUGUACACCUUUAAUGAAGGCAUUUUUCUCUGACAAAGUUGCAUACACAGGUUAAGGCUGGGGUUAAUAAACUAUGUGAGACGCUAAAAGUUAAACAACUAUUUAUUCAAACUGCCAUUUAUAUAUUAUGCAAGAUGCAAAAAUGCAAUGCAAGCAUUGGUCAGCUAUUAAUUACUUGUAUUUUGGCUUGUGUUGCCUUCUAUAAUUGAAGUGAAGUGUUCCGAAAACUUUUAAAGUUGCAGACAUAAUGUGUGUAGAAGGCUAUGAUUUUAUUUUUAUCACAUGCAUCAUGUUUUCACUGACAUUCCUCUUGCACAGUGAAAUCAAAUGAUGCCCAUUAAUCAAAUUAUAAAGAAUUUCACACGUUUUCAUGAAAUACAUUAACUAUGAAGAAAAAAAACCACGUAGAGAAAAUUUUUUUUCUUCAGUUUUACAGUUUCAAGUUGUAAGACUGGCGAUGUCUUGUGAUAUAUUUCAUAAACUACUGUAGUUUUCUUGUGUUUCUUAAAAUGUUUAUAGACCCAGCCUAAGAUAGCGACUCGACACUGCCGUCCUCUUACAUGACCAUAAUGAAACGUAACACACAAGUUAAAACAUAACAAAAAAAAACAGAAUGAACUGAUAGGUUAUGGUAGAAAAAGCACAAAGUGCCUGAUCAGAGAAUUUUUGGACUGACAAGGUAAAACUAUGUCAACAGGCCUUACUGUAGCAUCCUGGAAGAGUUGUGUUUAGCUCGAGAUUAGUGUGGGAGUAUAACUGCCGGUAUCUGCAGUAAUUCAGCUUGUUUUACUAAUCAUUAAGAGCAUUUUACUUAAAAAUAUCACAAUAAAAUUAAAAUUAUUAUAUGGACUAAAUAGAAAAUUAAGGGAUCAGCAAAAACUUUUAAACCUACAAUAUUUAAAUGUACAAGUUCGACUUAGACAAGUUCUACUGCAUUGUUUUAUUUAUAUUUCUAAUGGCAUUGUAAGACACUUCGUCCCACCUUGUGUUUGUUACGCCAUGCUUGAUGUGUGUUUGUUCACAAUAACCUUAUAACCAUAACUAUUUUGAGAGGUUUUCGUACUGAUGUUUGAAUGUAUUGAAAUAAUUCAUUAUGUUAUGAAGCCAUAUCUGUUGUAUUUCUGGUGAAUAAAUAUUUGAACUUA